UAAGAGUCACGUGCGCAGACGUCAUUUUCGAAUCGGUCCAAUGGUCUCCCGCGAUAAGCGAUGACGUCAGGCGGACUAGAAUUGAAUAGAAAAGGGUGCGACUGGUUCGGAGAUUUUUCCUUAACAUGGCACCCACGAUCGGUGUUAAUUUAAGAGUUACGGGACACUGUAAUCAGGGUGGUAGGAAGUAUAUGGAGGACGCUUUCGUCGUCGCCUAUCAGCAAACGGAAGACGAAAAGGAUUUAGAAUAUGCCUACUUUGGUAUCUUCGACGGACACGGUGGACGCGAAGCAGCAUUGUUUGCCAAAGAACAUUUGAUGGAUUACAUCGUCAAUCAGAGGAAUUUCUGGUCGAAAGACGACGAUCUCGUGUUAAAAGCUAUCAAAGAUGGUUUCUUGGCCACCCAUCUCGCUAUGUGGAAAGAAGUUGGAAAAUGGCCCAAGACGAUGUCUGGUCUACCCAGCACGUCGGGAACUACUGCUAGCGUGGCUUUCAUCCGAAGGGGAAAGAUGUACAUUGGUCACGUUGGCGACUCAAGAAUCAUUCUCGGCUGUCAGGAUCCAGAUUCAGAUAUGUGGUUACCUCAGCCACUUACUAAAGACCAUAAACCAGAAUCUCCUGCCGAAAAGGAACGUAUUUAUAGCGUAGGAGGGCUAGUAAUGAAUAAAGCUGGAGUAGAGAGAGUGGUUUGGAACAGACCUAGGCUCGGUCAUAAAGGACCAAUCCGCAGAAGUACGCAUUUUGACAAAAUACCAUUUUUAGCGGUGGCAAGAUCGUUAGGCGAUCUAUGGAGUUACAACUAUCAACAAGGAGAAUUUGUAGUGAGUCCAGAACCUGACGUAUGUGUUGUUACUCUUGAUCCUAAAAGAGACAGAUGUGUUAUUCUCGCAUCCGACGGAUUGUGGAAUAUGGUGACUCUAUGGGAUGCCGUUCGCUUAGUACAAGAUGCCGAACAGGAAAACGAACGUUACAUUCUUGAAUCGGCACAUAAAUCAUCUAUAAACAAGCAGGCUAAUAAUCCAUCUAAACUCUUGGUUGAUCGAGCUCUGAAUCGUUGGUAUAACUUAAAAAUGAGAGCUGAUAAUACUAGCGUUGUUACAGUAUUGUUAGAUCCGCCAGGACCUCCUAAAAGUGAAGUUUUACUCAGGCAAAGGGUAAUGCAGAAAUUACGUCCAAGAGAUGAAAUUGAUCCAUCCGGAGGUCAAGUAGAAGGAGAUAGUUGUUAUGCUAAAUCUAUUAGAAAAACCGAACCAGAACAACAAGAGGAUUGGCUCCAUAAGAAAAAACUUGAUUUUUCGGAAAGUCGUAAUACUUACCUACCGAAACCAGUUGUUCUAUCGCCAAAGAGUGUUGUUACAAAACGUGUAAUGGCAGAUAAACAUUCAGAAUGUAAUUCGUGUUCCUCACCUAUAUGUAGACAAGAAACAUGUAAGGAACAAAGUUCACAUAAACUAGAAGAAUUUGAUUCUUUAGAUAAUGCAUUGUCUAAUAAUUCUGACAUUGAGUGCUCAAGAUUAAAACCAGUGUCUAAUCAAAAUUACGUCGAUUCAGUUGCUAAUGCCUGGUUAGAAAAGAAGACAGAAGCAAAAUUAAGCAUUAAAGAUGUAUGUUUAAGGAACUCUCUGCAGUCUAGUGAGAUUUCUGGUAAGGAGCAAAGACGAUUAUCAUCAGAUAGGGAGAACAAAUUUAGUGGUGAAAAACACUGUUCAUCUGAGAUAAACUCUACAGAUAUGGAUGGUAUCAAACAGAGUACUCAAUCAGAUGAUGAACAGGAAGGAGAAGGAGAUGACGAUGAAGAAGACAGACGGAAAUCUGAAGACGAUAAAUCAGAGGUUAUAGUGGGUGUAAAACGAAAAUUUUCAGUAGACAACUAUGGUUCUAAUUCGUCGGCACCUCCACUUAAACACCUGUGUGCACACAACCGUAACCAAAGUUGGACAAGUGAUAAUUUUUCUAGCUGUCGAAUUGCAGCAAGGGCAAUAUCCAGUCCACACUGCACGAGGACUCGACACAGACUUCGUAAAAUGAAAGCAUAAUUUAAUUGAUUUUUGUACAGUAUAAAGAUUUAACAUGCGUCGCAUGAAGAAAUUUCUUAGAUACAGCCGUGCACAAAAUUAAAAAUCUGUAUAGAUUUUCUUAUGCUGGCGAAUAUGAAUCUACUUUAAGUAUAUAAUUCAAAUGUGUUUCAAGAAGACAGCUUGUAAGUGAACAUAUUUAAUACAAUAGUAUUAAUAAUUAAAUAUUUCUUUCGCAAAAGUAGAUGAAGAGAUGAAUUUUUUUUAUCUGUGCAACUUUUUUACAGAACUAAAUUAUACCUCAUUUGAGUUGUAUCUAAAUCCUCUAUUGAGGAAUAGAAGUCAUUGACUUGCUCAUUUUUAAGAAACUUGUAUCGACAGUAAACAGUAUAUAUGUAUAUGCAUAUAUAUGUUUAUACUAUAAACUGUUGACUACGAAUGAUGAUUAAUUAGCUCGUAAGAUGUUUCAAUGUGUUAGUAAAUAGACGACCAAUCAAAUGACCUCAUACAAACAGUUAGGUGCUCAUGAUCCACUGUUUGAGCCCUGUUAAAAAGGUUUUUAAAUAGAUUGUAAUUAUUUAUUUGAUGCACAUAACUAGGUUUAGAAAUACAGUAUAACUUUACUAGAGUUAAGAAUAGUAUCCAGUUAUUUUUAUAAAAUUCUCUCCGAUAAUUGGGGGAAAACAAAAAUAAAAAAAAUGAUUUCAAUUGUAAUCUUUAGAAGAAUCUCAGAUUCCUCUAUGCCAAAUUUUCUGUCUUCUAAAGACAGUUGACUAAUUCUUGUAGCGUAAUUACAAUCAUUUCACUCAUUGCAGUUAUCGCUACAUAUCUGUAGCUGUUAAAGACAUGCAAAAUAAAAAAAAAAGAACCCAUCCAGGUGUAAAAUGAGGAAUGUUGCAGGUACUUUGGAAUAACUUAUCCUUUUCAUAAUGCAAUAUAAUUUUGUAAUGACAGUCAUAUCA